GCCUGACGCGCGCCGGCUUUGGUGCAAUGCGAAUCCAUUGAGCAAGAGCUGCCAAAUAGUUCCGCCCGGGAGCCCUCCGCCCGCACCGACAGGGCUCUUCCCACAAGCACCUGCACCCCAGCCUGCCCCACCGCUGGCUCCUAUCAGACACAGCAGCCCGGGGAUCCCGUAACAGCACCACCCUCUGCUUGUCUCUGAUCAUACAUCCAUUGUGGUGGGGAGGAGGAGGCUACACACUGACAGGGCAUAAACCUCGCCUGCUCAUCCUCACACUGGGCUCCCUGCUGCACAGCAUCUAGCAGCAACAACAACAGCGGCGGCCAGAGGAGAGGAGCCGUGACACCGUGCAGCUGUAGCUAAGUCUACUCUUCUCUCGCUGCUCUUAUUCUGGGGCUGGGAGAAGCAGCAAGUGUAACAAGGGGCACCCACCUAACCGCUCAGCUCCUGCACUGGGGCUCUGGCGAAAGGCUGCCGCUACUUUUUUGGCCAUGGCACGGGAGAACGGCGAGAACAGCGGCACUUGUUGGAAGAAACAGGUGGAGGACAUCAAGAGGAUGUUUCAGUUCAAGGAGGUCCUGGGCACGGGAGCGUUUUCUGAAGUAGUUUUAGCUGAAGAGAAGGCAACCGGUAAACUUUUUGCUGUGAAGUGCAUUCCAAAGAAAGCCCUAAAAGGGAAGGAAAGCAGCAUAGAGAAUGAAAUUGCUGUUCUAAGGAAAAUCAAACAUGAGAAUAUCGUUGCCUUGGAAGAUAUUUAUGAGAGUCCGAGUCAUUUGUAUUUGGUCAUGCAGCUAGUGUCUGGAGGAGAGCUGUUUGAUAGGAUUGUGGAGAAAGGAUUUUAUACAGAGAAAGAUGCCAGUACCCUUAUCCGACAAGUUUUAGAUGCUGUUUCCUACCUUCACAGACUGGGCAUUGUGCACAGAGAUCUUAAGCCUGAAAACUUGCUGUAUUUCAGCCAGGUAGAAGAGUCAAAGAUUAUGAUUAGUGAUUUUGGUCUGUCUAAAAUGGAAGGUAAAGGGGAUGUGAUGUCUACAGCCUGUGGAACUCCUGGCUAUGUUGCCCCAGAAGUGUUGGCCCAGAAACCCUACAGCAAAGCAGUAGACUGCUGGUCUAUUGGUGUUAUUGCAUACAUUCUGCUCUGCGGUUAUCCACCAUUCUAUGAUGAGAAUGACUCCAAACUAUUCGAACAGAUUCUAAAGGCUGAUUAUGAAUUUGAUUCUCCAUACUGGGAUGAUAUUUCAGACUCUGCUAAAGAUUUUAUUCAGAAUUUGAUGGAAAAGGAUCCCAACAAGAGAUAUGCAUGUGAACAAGCUCUGCGACAUCCCUGGAUUGCUGGAGAUACAGCUCUUUGUAAAAAUAUCCAUGAAUCUGUCAGUGCACAAAUUCGUAAAAACUUUGCAAAAAGCAAAUGGAGGCAAGCUUUUAAUGCCACUGCAGUAGUGAGACACAUGAGAAGAUUGCAUCUUGGAAGCAGCCAGGACAGUUCAAGUGUAUCAGGUGGCAACAGCCCUGCCAGCCCCCUCCCAGAUGGAACCAGCCGUAAAGAUUGUAAGUCCCCAUCUAACCCUUAUAGUUUCCUGUCAGGUGUUUCUUCCUCUUCUUCAGCCAUUUCUGCAGUAGGAGGAGACCGGAGACCAAGGCCAAGCUCUGUCACAACAGUGCAUGCUGGGAGCAAAUGAGCAGCCAAAGAGCUUUAGGGCAGAGUUGGAGAGCAGCAGACUUGCCAAGUGUGAUUUCAUUCUGAAUUGUACACUCCAGAAUGGACUCAAAAGAUAAAAAUAAUUUUUUUAUGGCCAUAUUUUAUACUGCAGCAAAAAUGGUUUAAAAUAUUAGAAACUGCAAUGACUCCAGUUCCAGUAAGGCAAAAGGAAUUGACCAUCUCUGGUGCUGUGCGAGUCUUGCAACAUUCUUACUAAUGGACAUUUCUUUUAUGUUGUUUUUUUCUUAAUAAUUUGCUUUUCUCUGAGUGUGGGGUAUUGGUACUGUAUAUGUUGUAUUUUUCAUUAAUUGAAGUCUCAACUGGAUUAUUUAAUACUAAUUUGGGUGUCUUAAUUUAUACGUUUUUUUCUAGUAAUACUUUUGAACACAUCUUGUACUGCAGCCCUCUUUUUUUCACAAGGUGAGAACAUGUAGUAGUCAAGACUGUGACAGAUACAAUACAGAAAUGGAAACAGGUGGCAAUAAAGGAAUGGUAAUAUUG